UUGAAUCACCCUCCGCUCCGACGGCCACUCCUUCCCAUUUCCGAGAACUGCUCACCUUCUCGACACUACUCCGCCUCAACAUUUCUCAACAAAAACCCAAACACAGUCCAGACCAUCCCCUCCGGCACCCUCCUUUGCUUCGGGCCCUCCGGAACUUUUUCCGGCGCUAUCAUCUUUCUUUGAGGGUUCUUUCGAAGAGAAUGAUCUAAAGGGUCGAAAUACGCCGAUGAGGGGUGUGCAUCGAGGUGUGCAGCGACAUAAGUGUUGACUCGACUUGUCGAUUACGAUGAUUUCUGCCUCUUUUCCUGGGCCCAUCGAAUAGCUGCAGCCUCCCUCCAUUGUUUGUGAGAAUGACAUAUCUGGGCCACCCUCUUUUCUUGAUUAACCCGACGCCUCAUUUUCGUCAACCGUCGGAAAGCCAGCGGCCAUAACCUGUGUCUUUGUUCCUGCUGGGCGCAUUUCGGGAUCGACAUGGGUCAGUACCUGGAUCGCCAGUGGUUGGAGUUGCGAAACGCGAGAUGCCUCGCCAAGGUGAUGUGGCGGUGAACGCCAAACGCUAAUUUUGGAUGGCUAUGCAAUGCACUGUCCGGACUCCGCGCUUAAUCAGGAAGAUAAAUACACUUUAUCUGAUAGUAAAGCUCUAGCCGCAAGAUGCCACUUUUAGCAACGUUAUCAUCUUUUUACCAUACAAUGGUCCUAGCCCUCCUGAUCCUUGGCCUGAUUAAUGGGAACAGUGCACAAGAUGACUGGACCACGCUACCCGACCCAUUGACAAGCACCACAUUCACGGCACCACCCCAAACCACUCCAACCAGCUCGGAUGACGGUUCUCUUUUGAGCAACUGUGCCCAUUACCUUUGUAGCUGGAUUGCACAGAGCAAUUUCGGCAUCCAAAGCUACAGCUUUAUCGUCGGCUCUCCCGUGUCCAACUGUUACGGUGGCACGUACCCUGUCGACAGCGAAUUCAGAGUAUCAUUCACUACGAGCGACACAUGGAGCACUGGUCUGAACGUUGGCGUCCAGAUCGGACAGCUUGCUGUCGGUUAUCAUGACAGCUGGUCGAGCACGAAGUCUCAGACAUUUUCACAGAACGUGGUCAUGCAUGUGCCACCGAAUCAGCAGGGUGCCGUCAUCGCCCUCAUGAAUUACAAUGUCACAAGUGGGAACAUGACCGUUGGUUCAACUGUCGUAUCCCCAGUUUAUGCCAAUCAACCAAUGGGACAAGUCGAAUGGGGUGUGAACAUGAUUGAUUGCGAUCGGACGUUCGACGCCAAUACUACCUCUCCUUAUCCCGCCUCCUCGGGGGGCCUGCGGACACCAGUGUUGAGUUCGAUCUUCUACGCGUCAGUCAUUCUUGCUGGGAUGUUACCUCCUAGAGGCUGGAGCUACAACAUCGUAGACAGCGCGGCUGUCAGGUGGAAACUUUCACUUUGGGUUGUGGAACAUUACGGGGUCGAUUAA